AACACCAACAUGACAAUAUCAGAUCGUGCAACAAUAACCAUAUGACUGUUCCCACCACAAACACAUGACCAGUGGUUCUUAACCUGGGUUCGAUCGAACCCUAGGGGUUCGGUGAGUCGGUCUCAGGGGUUCGGCAGAGCCUCCACCACGGAGGUUGCAGAGGUCCAGACACACCCGAAUUAUCGUGUAAAUUUGUGAUGACACGCCCCCUUCUGGCCAUCACUGGCUGCAGAUGAUCGUGCUACACUGGUUGGCCAAUCAGUGCUGCGGGGAAUGUAGUGCGCGCAGUAGUCAACAUGUGAAUGUUGUGGUAGUGCUUCGUGUGAUUUUUUCUAACAUUUUAAUCCAUACUAACUAUGUCGGCUAAAAGAAGAAAGUGGUCGGACGAAUAUGUACAAUAUGGAUUCACAUGUAUCACGGAACGUGAUGGGAGUGAGCGUCCUAUCUGCAUGAUUUGCAAUGCCAAGUUGAGCAACUCUAGUCUCGCACCGGCAAAACUAAAGGAACACUUCUUGAAGCUGCAUGGAGACGGGGAAUACAAGAACACAACACCAGAUUCGAUGAAAGGCCCACUCUGCCUCCUCUUGGAUUUGUACCCGUUAACAAACCGAUCCUCACAGCAUCGUACGAAGUUGCUUACCUGAUCGCAAAGCAGGGCAAGCCACACACCAUUGGUGAAACACUCGUGAAACCAGCUGCGUUAAAGAUGGCAAAUCUGAUACUCGGAACAGCGGCCGAAGGUAAAUUAUCCCAAAUUCCUCUUUCAAAUGACACCGUCAGCGACAGAAUAGAAGACAUGAGAAAAGACAUCUUGGCUCAAGUAGUCGCCGAUCUGAUUUCAAGCCCGGCAAAAUUCAGCCUUCAACUCGAUGAGAGCGCAGACGUUGCUAAUCUAAGCCAUCUUACUGUUUUUGUGCGCUAUGUGAAAGAUGACAUGAUAAAAGAAGAUUUUUUAUUUUGUAAGCCUCUUACAACAACAACUAAGGCAGCCGAUGUGAAGAAGCUUGUGGAUGACUUCUUCAGAGACAACAAUCUUUCAUGGGACAUGGUUUCUGCAGUUUGUACGGACAGAGCUCCAGUCAUGCUGGGAAAAAACUCUGGUUUUGGUGUGCUAGUAAAAGCCGAUGCACCACACAUCAUUGUGACUCGUUGUAUUUUGCACAGGCAUGCAUUGGCAACAAAAACCUUGCCUCCAAAAAUGGCAGAAGUAUUAAAAACUGUGGUGGAAUGUGUGAACUAUGUGCGAAAUAGUGCUCUGAGGCACCGCAUCUUCAGUGAGCUGUGUAAAGAAAUGGGCUCUGAAGUCGAGGUACUUCUGUACCAUUCUAAUGUUUGGUGGUUAUCCCGGGGACAGGUGCUGAAUCGUGUUUUUGCCAUGCGUGUGGAAUUAGCCCUGUUUUUGCAAGAGCACCAACACUGUCAUGCAGAUUGCUUCAAAAAUCCUGAGUUCAUUCUCAUUUUAGCGUACAUGGCUGAUAUAUUCGCAGCUCUCAAUCAUCUCAAUCAGCAGAUGCAGGGUGGUGGAGUCAAUAUCAUAGAAGCGGAAGAACACCUGAAGGCUUUUCAAAAAAAGCUAAUGUUAUGGAAACGACGAACAGAGAACAACAACUUCGCAAACUUCCCCCUUCUGGACAACUGUGUAAGUAAGAUCGAAGAUGUGUCUGGAAUCGGAGAUAUUCCUGUAUCCACGGAACUGAAGCAAACAAUUGCAACGCACUUAGAUGAGCUUGCAAAGUCUCUUGACAGAUAUUUCCCUACAAGAGAGUCAUAUCCAGCAUGGGUGAGACAGCCGUUCACGUUUGCUGUUGAGACAGCAGAUGUCAAUGAUGAAUACCUUGACGAAAUCAUUGAAAUUCAGCAGAGCCAGGUUCAACAGCAACUCUUCAGAACAACAACGCUCUCAACGUUUUGGUGUCGACAAACUGACAAGUAUCCAAUUAUUGCUAAGGAAGCCCUGGAUUCUUUUAUACCAUUUGUUACAACAUAUCUUUGCGAGCAAUCCUUUUCGACGAUGCUGGACAUAAAAACGAAGAAAAGGAACAGACUUUUCUGUGAAAAUGACAUGAGAGUGGCACUUGCCAAGGUGAAGCCAUUCAUAUCUAAACUGGUCUCUCAAAGGCAACAGCAGAAGUCACACUGAUUUGCAGGGUGUCGUGUGUGGAUGCGAGGAAGAGAUGACCCAAACGCAGGACUCGUUGAUGAGUGACGAAUUGAAGGUCGAGUUUAUUAUCGAGAGCGGAUGAACAGAACAUGAAAUGGAGGACUGACUGAUCUGAAAAGACUGAACUGGCUGGCUGGACUGGACACACGUACGGCGUAGACAACAUCAAUGACACGACAAUGAAUGGAGGGAAACUGAGGACUUGAAUACACGGAGGGAUGAAGAUGAUAAUGAGAGACCGUGAAUGGAGGACGUGCCAGUGGCCCUGGGACCUCAGGUGGUGGGUCGUUUUCACACUUUCCUUUGUACAGCACUGGGUGCCGGCUGUAGUGAUUUUCUUUUUGUGUGAUUUUCUUUUGGGUCCGCGGCUGCUGGUAAAUCCAAGUUCCAUGAUUGUUUUAUUUUCAUUUUAGGACGCUGUCAGCAACGACGCUACAUUUUGUUUUCUUAAUAUUUUACUCUUUAUUUCUUUUACUAUAAAUAAAACUGUUAAUAUUUGAGCCAACCUGCCUGUAUGUGCAUCCUUGAAUUUGUACGGCCUGUUUUAUUCACUUUUACUUAUUUUUCUUAAAUAUAUAUUUCCUAGGGGUGAAAUUCCCCUAGGUGGCGUUGUCGUUUAUUAGUUUUUAUCUAACCCCGCCGACCACUUGGUCACAUACUUGGCGUUGUCGACAGGACACACAUUUGAGGUAGACGUUUGGUCUUGUAAAUUGUUUUAUUUUUGCAGAGAGAAUAAUUCACCUGUUUUGAAGGCUCUGUUUUUUUUUUUAGUGUGUGAUUAUAGACAAGACAGUAGUAUCCAGG